AUGGAUAAACACGAUCGGCCUUAUAAGUGCUACGAACCUGGUUGCGACAAGAUUCAGGGCUUUACCUACUCUGGUGGCCUCUUACGCCACCAGCGUGAGGUCCACAAGAAGAACGACACCAAGCCCUUGAUGUGUCCAUAUGCCGAUUGCAACCGCAGCACCGGCAACGGAUUCACGCGCCAGGAAAAUCUUCGAGAGCACUUGCGCCGUCGCCACAUGCACACGGAGGUGGUUCUAACAGCCUCCCCUCCUGUGGACGCUAGUCUCAAGCGCAAACACGAUUCACCCAACGGCGAGCUUCCGGAUUCCCAAGAGAGUGGCGGCGGUCUCCACAACGAAGUCAAGCGACUGCGUCGCGAGUCCCAGGAGAAGGAUCACCGCCUGGAGCAGCUAGAGCGCAUCAUUACCCAUCUCCAGCAAGCCAUCAGUCAGCCGCUCGUGCGCAAAGACGAUCCUCAGCUUACCCAGGCGAGGCACACUUCUGCGCCCUAG